UUCAAUUCUAGUCCAUUGAUCAACCUGUCUGGUUUUUUUAUUAAUGGUUUCUUUAACCUGUCUUCAACAUAUGAAUUCUCCCUAGUAGCUAAAAUUUUACAAGUGUGUGCUGUGAUUUGAUAUUGCUAUCAGAAAGUUUUAUAUUUCCCCAAAGGGAGAAUUACACUACUAUAGAAGAAUUGUCAUAGGAAGACUUUAUAAGAUUUUUUUUCUGAAAAUAUACCAUGAUAUGGACACCACAAAGUGCUUCUUACUUCCAAAAAGGCAGAUACAGCAGUGAACUUGGUUGCUUAUCUUUCAUUAGAAAAAGAAUGAUAUGACAUGAUAAAAAGCCAAGAAAACCUAUCUUAUGAUCAGAAAGUACUUCCAGGGCUCCUGAGCCCAAACAGUUACUGUCAUUGGUGGCUUCUGGAGAGUCAGUUUUCUUUAAGGGGGCAGCCCCGCACCUAAGAGUAUAUGAGAAGCACAAAUUGGGCUUGGUAGGUUAUUUCUAAAAAGAGAAAAAUUGAUGACCUAAUGCAGCAGGGAGGGUGCUAGAUCUGGGAAGAGUAGAGGGUAAAUGUGGUCAGCACACACAGUAUAAGAUUCUCAAGGAAUUAGUAUUUCUAAAAACUCAUCCUAUAGCUAGGCAAAAUAACACAUUCGGAACAGUCAGCUUCCUUUGGGGCCAAUCUAAAAGCUAGAAAUUGUAGUCUUACAUAUAUGGUCUGAAGAAAUAGAUACUGAGAGAUCAAUAUUAUUUUAUAUCAAAACAGGAAAACCAAAGCAAAACAAAAAAUUUUUUAAAUUUUUAUUUGUGUUAUUUCCUUAUGAACUCUUUCAAUAGGAUAUAAAAAUAAAGUAGCAAAAUAAAAGGUCCAAACCUGUUCAUUCACAUAUUACCAAACUGGUAAUUUGUGAAUUUAAGUUUGUUUUAUGUUGGCCGUUGUUGGAUUCAGGAGUUUGAACAAGUUGCAUCAUUUCUUGCAGUAAUUAGAUGUCAGUUCCUGUUCAUUCAAGGAGUCGGAUGACAAAAGUGGGCUUGGCACUUUCGAAAGGCCAGUUCAGUGUACAGCAUUUGCUCUUACGUUUGAGACAUGUUAGCUGUGUGAGGAGGUUAGUCAGUGUCCACUCCCUUUAGUUAUUGCAUGUUUUCAUUUUGGGCAAAUGUAGAUGUUUAAGAAACAGGAAAGAAUUAACGUUUGUCAAUUAACACUAUAGAAUCUCUUGUGUAUACUUUGUAGCUUGGUGACUAUUUUAUAUACUCUCUCCAUUAAAGAUAUGUUCAUUUUUCACAGUCCUGUAAUUUCAGCAUGAAAAUAAAACACACACAUGAGGGAUUAGAAAUGAUAAUUCCAUCACAAAUAAUGCUCUGGCAUUUGUGAAAUUAUAAAGCCAGGGCAGACUUAACAGUAGUUAUGCAAUAAUGGCACCUGAAUGCCCAUUUCCCAGCUCCUCUCAGUCAUUCUUUGGUAUGUGUACCAGUAUUUUCCAUUUGUGCUGAAGGAAUUAAAGUAUACAGCAGUCACAGGAAUAACGUCCAGCUCUGUCUGUCAACUGUAUACAACCUCCUAUCCACAUUUAGUCACAUAGGGUGAAUCAAAAGGAUGGUGCUUAUCUUUUAUAUUGGGAGAGGCCUCAUAGUAUUCUCCCAACCCUUUCACCUCCUGUGACUUUCUUACAAAAUAGUGUGAGUGUCCUCAUUCUAUUUACCUUAAGGGACUUGUAAAGCCUUUUGUGUUGACAGCAACCACUUAGUUGAUGUGCUCGGUAGCGUAUUCCUUACUUGUAGAAUUAAUUCAUAUCUUUCCAAGAAGUGAGCAUCACCUGUCCCUUUAAGAUGAAGAUGCAGGUAGUAUCCCUAACCCUUUUGAGGAGGUGGGUGCUGGGUAGCAUCACGGAUGCCUAUAGAUAGGAAGUGAACACUUUACCAUUGAACUCAUUGCUAAUAUCUCUUUUUUCAGUUUAGGACUCUUGACAUGAGCUAUUGUUAUUGGAAUUGUGACGAUGAAUGUGGAGCUCCAUAUGCUUGCCCAUUCACCACCAGGUCUGCAAGACCUAGCUGAUGCUUGUGAUGCUACUGACGCUCUAGAACUGUGAGCCUGGUAAACCUCUUUUCUCCAAGAAAAAAGGUUACCCAGCCUUAUACUCCAUUUCAGUAUGACAAGCAAACUAAUAUACCUGUACUUCAAAGCUUCUGAAAUCACAAAAGAUGUGUGAUUUUGUGUGUGUGUGUGUGUGUGUGUGUGUGUUGUAAAUUCAUUUGCUAGCAAUAUUAUAGGACUGACAGGAGACUAUUUGUACUUUCCACCAUGAUUGGCUUCUAACCUGUUCAGAUAUUAGUGUGGUAUAUAAUUCAUAUGCCAUAUAACUGUUCUAAAUUCCAAACUAUAAGUUCUGGAAUACAUUGUCUCCAUGGGUUUCAGAUAAUGGCUGUGGGCCAUACUACGGAGUCCAGAGAAGUGAUAAAUUCUCACCAGAGUUAAUGGAGAAUCAUCAUCUGUCCUAGCUGAUAAUACUUCAACCAUGGGUACUUUACUACCAUCUGAAGAUACCACCUCGACUUCCAAUUGCACUAGCACCACCAUCCAAGAGCCUCCUGUACAAGAACCCCCAGCAUCCUCAGUACACAGUGAAUGUAUUCCCUCUGCCAGUGCGGAAGUGGGACCAGAAGCUCGGAGCCUCAUAGACCCUGACUCUGAUUCUAGAAAUAAUUCUGUUUUUGACAAAGUAAGGCAGCCAGAAGGAUGUGUAGAACCUCUGCGGCCACAGUCUGGAAACACCAACACAGAAGCUUUGCCAUCAGGGUGGGAACAGAGAAAAGAUCCUCAUGGUAGAACCUAUUAUGUGGAUCAUAAUACUCGAACUACUACGUGGGAAAGACCACAGCCUUUGCCUCCAGGUUGGGAAAGAAGAGUUGAUGACCGCGGAAGAGUUUAUUAUGUGGAUCAUAACACCAGAACAACAACCUGGCAGCGGCCCACUAUGGAAUCUGUUCGAAAUUUUGAACAGUGGCAGUCUCAGCGGAAUCAAUUGCAGGGAGCUAUGCAACAAUUCAACCAACGAUACCUCUAUUCGGCUUCAAUGUUAGCUGCAGAAAAUGACCCCUAUGGACCCUUACCACCAGGCUGGGAAAAAAGAGUGGAUUCAACAGACAGAGUUUACUUUGUGAAUCAUAAUACAAAAACAACCCAGUGGGAAGAUCCAAGAACUCAAGGCUUACCAAAUGAAGAACCCCUGCCAGAAGGCUGGGAAAUUAGGUAUACUCGGGAAGGUGUUAGGUACUUUGUUGAUCAUAACACGAGAACAACAACAUUCAAAGAUCCUCGCAAUGGGAAGUCAUCGGUAACUAAAGGUGGUCCACAGAUUGCUUAUGAACGCAGCUUUAGGUGGAAGCUUGCUCACUUCCGUUACUUGUGCCAGUCUAAUGCACUACCCAGUCAUGUAAAGAUCAAUGUGUCCCGACAGACAUUAUUUGAAGAUUCCUUCCAACAGAUUAUGGCAUUAAAACCAUAUGACUUGAGGAGGCGAUUAUAUGUAAUAUUUAGAGGAGAAGAAGGUCUUGAUUAUGGUGGCCUUGCAAGAGAAUGGUUUUUCUUGCUUUCCCAUGAAGUUUUGAACCCAAUGUAUUGCUUAUUUGAGUAUGCAGGCAAGAAUAACUAUUGUUUACAGAUAAAUCCAGCUUCAACUAUAAAUCCUGACCAUCUUUCAUACUUCUGUUUUAUUGGUCGCUUUAUUGCAAUGGCACUGUUCCAUGGAAAGUUUAUUGAUACUGGUUUCUCUUUACCAUUCUACAAGCGUAUGCUAAGUAAAAAACUUACUAUUAAGGAUUUGGAAUCUAUUGAUACUGAAUUUUACAACUCUCUAAUCUGGAUAAGAGAUAACAAUAUUGAAGAAUGUGGCUUAGAAAUGUACUUUUCUGUAGACAUGGAGAUUCUGGGAAAAGUUACUUCACAUGAUUUAAAGUUGGGAGGUUCCAAUAUCCUGGUGACAGAAGAAAACAAAGAUGAAUAUAUUGGUUUAAUGACAGAAUGGCGUUUUUCUCGAGGAGUACAAGAACAGACCAAAGCUUUCCUUGAUGGGUUUAAUGAAGUUGUUCCCCUUCAGUGGCUACAGUACUUUGAUGAAAAAGAAUUGGAGGUUAUGCUGUGUGGCAUGCAAGAGGUUGACUUGGCAGACUGGCAGAGAAAUACUGUUUAUCGACAUUAUACAAGAAACAGCAAGCAAAUUAUUUGGUUUUGGCAGUUUGUGAAAGAGACUGAUAAUGAAGUACGAAUGCGACUCUUGCAGUUUGUCACUGGAACCUGUCGCUUGCCUCUAGGAGGAUUUGCUGAGCUCAUGGGAAGUAAUGGGCCUCAAAAGUUCUGUAUUGAAAAAGUUGGCAAAGACACCUGGUUACCAAGAAGCCAUACAUGUUUUAAUCGCUUGGAUCUCCCACCAUAUAAGAGUUAUGAACAACUAAAGGAAAAACUUCUUUUUGCAAUAGAAGAGACAGAGGGAUUUGGACAAGAAUGAAUGUGACUUGUCUUGGAGAAGCUCUUGCAUUUAAAUACCCCAGCCAAGAAAAAUUGCACAGAUAGUGUAUAUAAGCUGUUCAUUCUGUACAGUUAAUUUUCUGAACCUUUCAAAGUAUAAAUGUUUUCCGUUCUUCCACAGAAAUAUGCAAAACAUUUCAUCAUUUUCUACUUUAUUUAUUGUUCCCUUUAAAUGACUGACCGGGAAAAAAAAAUCAUCCUUAAACUUUGACGCAAGCAAGAGAAUUUAUUAAAAAGUAUAUAUCUAUAUAACCAUAUAUGACAGUGGCUCUAGUUUUAUAGAGCGCCAGGUGUAUUAAACAUGACAGCCGUUCAUUCACAAAACUCUGAAUUUGCUUUGCCUUGUUUCUGUUAUCCAGGGGAAAGUGCACAUGUUCCAUGUUCUUCUCCCUAGGUGACAUUGGAUUGUGUUUAGCUGCAUGGCUGUUCAGGAAGGAAUUUAGGGCUUAAGCCAACUCUUACUUUAAGUGUAUUUUUUUUAAAUUGCUGCUGGCUUUUCUGAAGACAAGUACUUCAGCUCAUUAAGUUGUACUAAAUGAAUAGGGUUUUUAGUCACAUCAUUGUUAUAUCAGUAAACACAGAAGUCGUGUAAUAGAUCCAGUAGUGUCUAGGAGCAGCUGGAAUUGAUUUGCUGAAGAGCAGAGGUCUAUUUACAUCUUACUUUUGGAUGUUGGGUAUUUGUGGAAAUUUAAAGAAUCAGGCAUUUCUACACUUACAUUUUUAAACUUGUAAUGUUCUUCAAAUUCAAUUGCUAAUGAUUUGAUAGUUUAAUACUUAGGGAUACAUAAAAGGUACUGAACUUGGCUGCUUUUGUGCUCAAGGUUUACUUGUAUGAAAUCAGAGAUGUUAUAAUGGAUUGAAAAGCUGCAGAAGUAUUUAAACGCUCACACUAAGUACUUUUUAUUAGUAUUUGAAUGUCCCCACCCCUUCCUUACAAAAUCAGAAUUGUUUCUAAAUUCAGUAGGUAUAUUAAAGGAAUUCUUUGUGCUCCCUGUUUUAUACAGAGCAAGUUUUCUCCAAAUGACACUGAUUUUUCUUUUCAUUAUAAGGGCAUUCAUGGUGUAUGAAAAAAAUUAAAAUCUAAUGUGAAUGAUACUGCUACUUUUAGCAAACUGGGCUUCCUAAUUAAUAUAAAACAUUAAUUUCCAUUUUUAUCCUUUCAAUAUGCACUGCGAAGUUCAUUAACUUAAAUUUUUUUAACUAUGAAGUUCACUUAGAAUUAUAACUUCUAUCCACUAGUUUAGUUUUGCUAAGAUUUUAUUUUUCUACUUUAGAUUAUGUUCUUCAGUUUUAUUCAGAAUUCACAAAUAAAAGCAGUAGUCUACUUAGUUGAAUAAACUAUAGAAAAUCUGGUUAUUCUCAAGCUUAAAAGAAUUUUUAAAUUCUAACAUAUGGCAAGUUAUAUAGUAAAUGAUGGCCAGUCUUCAAAAGUCCUGCAUAAAUUAUUCUGUAAAAUAAUAAACUUGCUAUGACAGAAAGUAUCGGCUUUCAUUCAGUGGAGGUAUGUGAGAGCAUCCCUUUGCAGAUAUGGUUUACGGCUGCUUUCAGGUAGGAUGUCAGGGAGUGUCCCUUUUGUUAAGUUACCUCACGUGAGUAACAGAACCCACAAGAUCAGCCCAGUCUUCUGGGGAAGACUAGUUUGCAGACCUCAUCAGAUUCUUAAUCUUUCAUACCAGUUAGAGAUUUCAGACCUAUAGACUUGUCUAUCUACUCAGUAGUCAACUUAAAGUCUUAGAAGAGAGGCGAUUCACCUCCUGCUGUCGCUCCUUCCCAUCCCUCUUCUGAACUGGACCCUCCACGCCUGGCUCACUGAACCCAGUAAGACAAAGUUGGAGGUGAGGAGGACCGAGAGACAGGUUAACAAUGAUGCUUUAUUAUAGUGACAGUUCCCAACAUCACCAGUAAAUUGAGCUUAGGGAAUGGAUCAUCGGCUUAAAACAGUUUUGCCUGUCAGCUCAGGGACCUACGUGUCUUUGGGAAAGAAACUACUAUUUGUUUGUUGUAGAAAAUGAAAAUGUUAUUACCCUUUUCUCCAGCUGACUUCAAUUAUCCUCCUAGGUCUAGGUGUUCUAAAUUAGGUGUUGUAUAUCCACUCCAUCAACAGACAACCUUGGUUGUGUUUGGGGCUCACAAAGAACCCUAACUAGUAAGCUGCUUCUGAAGUGAGAAAGCUCCUGACCUAUAGGAGGGAGCUGUAACUGCGUUUCCCGGAAUCUGAACAGUCUUGCUAUUGCAUGUCCUAGACUGUCACAUUAGACUACCGUUUUUGUAGAACCAUGUGAUGGCCCUGCUAUAUUACUACUACAUGUUCACUUUCUCAAAGGAGGCCUAGCAUUGCACUGAUGGCCAGCCAUGGCUCCUGCACUAGAGGAUUCAGAGUAAACUGAUGCCAGACAAAUGUAGUUUACUGCAGGCUUGCCGGAUCCUAACAUUUAAUUAAACAUAACAUAAUCUAGUAAACACUGAAGUAACAAAUCAGUUGUUGAAACAUGAAAUAAAAGUUCUUCUGUAACAUGUCCAACUUUUCUUAAUGUGUUGAACAGAGAAAUCAAGUUUAAAGUCAAUUGGGAAUUUGACACCAAUCUAAAUGUGCUAUUUCCUAAAUUCUAAAAGUUCGACUCCAAAAUUCAACAGAAUGCAAUUAAAAUGGUCGUAUUUCUUUUUAGUACUAAUUCUACGUCUUUUUCAUGAACACUUAAUUCUGUUGGUCCUUGUGAUUAACGUAGUAUCUUGUUUUCAUUAUGUUUCUUAAGAAACAAGACAAGUCUUACCAAUCCAUGUUGUGUUGUAGCAUCCAUUGCCUGUUGGUAGGCCACACUGUCAAGAAGUGACAGAGGUUCAGUGCUGAACGUGAGGGGAAAGAGGGAAACCAAAUAACCAAAAAGACCCCCCAGCUUUCUCCUGGUGUGCUUAGAAACCUGGGCCCUUCAUCCACUACACUACCAGUAAACAAACCCUAAUUCAGGUUUCACACAUCCUCAAAGACAGCAGACACACUUAAGGAGAGUAAAUCACCCAUUGCCUGUGUCUAUAGUAUGUUGGCCUCCUUUUUCCUCUCAAAUAAUCAGCCUUCUACUUUGAUGUCUUUUUAAAAAAAUUUUGGAUCCACAUGCAGUAUCCAUCUGAUCUUAUAAUGGCUUAACAAGAUCAUCUUCCAUUCCAUCCUUUGACUGCAAAUGAGGUAAUUUCACUUUUUAUGACUGAAUAAAACUGGUUUGUAAA